AUGUCAAUUGUUUUAUUUUCUAUUUAUAUCACACGAAAAUUUCCUCGCAUGUAUGCUGAUGAUCAAACUAUUUUGAAUUGUUGCGCUACCAUAGCGUUGCAUUUAGAAGUUGGUACAAACAAUACUGCAAGCACAUUUAUACUCGCAUUCAGAAGAUUUGUUGCACGACGAGGUAUCCCAUCAAAAGUGUAUUCGGACAAUGGGAGUAAUUUUGUCAGUGAAGAAGUCCAAGCAUUCGUGUCAUCUAUUGUAUCGUUUGCAACCAACGAGCUUAUUACCAUUGUUGCUGAAGUCGAAUCUGUAUUGAACGAUCGAUCAUUAACUUAUGGUACAAGUGAGAUUGGUGACGAAAUUAUUACACCGAAUCAUUUAAACUACGGUAGACGAUUAAAUGUCAACCCAUCGAGCGAAGAAAAUAACGAUGUAUCUAGUCAUGUGCACUAUUUAAGCGAAUUACGAGAACGACAUAAGCUAACCUCAAAACGUCAAAGUCGAGAACUUAUCAACGUGGAGGAUGUCGUAUUAAUUAAGGACGAUAAACUGUCGCGUUCCAAAUGGAAAAUUGGUGUAGUUGAAUCCGUUCAACUUAGCAAGGACGAACAAAUUCGAGUAGCAACUGUUCGAACAAGAUCCAAUGGGAAGAAUUUGUUGCUGAAACGCGCGGUGAACUUAUUGUACCCUGUUGAAACUUAA